UCAUUUUGUACCCAAGGGAAAAAGGCAUGCCAUGCCAGAUGGGAAUUCCAUCGCUAUAGUAAAUAAUGUUAGCUUUUCAUAAAAACUUACCCCAAUCCUUGAUAAAGUGUUAUCUCUGUGUUUUUAGACUUGUAAUAUAUUUUGCCUGGGUUUUGUGGCAUCUGGUGGUUGAAUCCAGUUUCAGAAAUGUUAUCUGCUUUAAUAUGUGAGAUAGGAACUAAUAUAAAGCGUGCUGCUUAGUUCCUACUACAGAAUGUGAUAGGAUGGGGAAAACUUAUAAUAUGGUUAUGUGGAUUGCUUAAUGAGCUUCGCUACUCAUCAUCUCACACAUCACACCCCACACUUAUUUUUAUUUAUUUUUAAUUUUUUUGGUUUUAUUGCUUCUAAACUAAUUGAGUUUUUCUACCCAUCAUCUAUACAACACACAUUUGGUAAGGGGAAAAAAAAAACAAAAAUUAAAAAAUCAUUUGUGGUGUGUGGUGUGGGGAUGAUUAGUGGAUUUUUUUCUUUUUAAAAUGCAUGUUCGCCACUGUUUGGAUUUAUGCCGAUGUGAGAAUGCUAGAUUUUCAUAAUAAGAAGAGUAAGAUGUUGCUUAUGGUGUGAUUUAUUUAUGUUGCUUAAGGAUACUAGAAAUUGAUGCAAUCCCAUCCUUAUGUGAAGCUUGAAGAAAACCUGUCUUUACAAGCAGCCUUUAAUGGCAAGGUUGUUGUGCUCGAGGAGGUAGGUCUUUUCAUGGGCUUGGGCUGUGCAUGCCCAGGUGGGUGCACGUGGUCGGUAUCCCAUACUGUAGUACCAGUUAAUCUGUGCUUACAUUCAGCUUUGAGCUGAUGGAAGAGCUGAUGGUUUAUUUAGUAUCUGUUCUCUAUGGUUAUUUCCUAAGUUUUGAGUGUUCUGGCAAGUUAUUAGAACUGAGGGGUUUCAGCAUUCGAGAGUCUCUCGUAUAAAUUCUUGCUGAGUGGUUACUAAUGGCGCCGAAUCCUAGAGUUGCAGCAGCCUUUCGUGCAAUGGGGGAUAUUGGAAUUAGUCAAGAGAAAGUGAAACCGGUGUUAAAAAAUCUUCUAAAAUUGUAUGACAAAAGCUGGGAACUUAUAGAAGAGGAGAAUUAUAGAGCUCUUGCAGAUGCUAUAUUUGAGGAGGAGGAGACUAAGGUUAUGGAACAGAAGAAGAAGUGUAAGAAUACUGACGAAGAAGAUUUGGAGGAAGAAGCUCUGACGCAUGAUGAGCCUGAACGUCCUCUAAAGAGGUUGCGCUUGAGAGGCCAAGGGGGUCAGGUUUCACCGUCGGUCAAUGCCUGUAACCAAAGUUUGGGUGGAAGUUCGGUAAAAAGGCCUAAAGUGGAGGAGGAUGAACUGCCCAAAACUUCUUUCCGACAGCAGCCUCGAGAAAUAAAGGAGACACCCCAGCGUAGUAUUGUUAACAAAGGCAAGCAGCCUCUCUUACCUCAAAUUGAGCCCCUGGGAAAACGAUCAAUGUCUGAGAGAACAGCAAGCAUUCGCAUUAAAGAGCCAAUGGCUGAGCCAAUGGCUGAGCCAGGCAUUGCGAGUUUGCCCAAGCCGAAGGUUCCAGAUACUCAUGUAUUGAUCAAGCCAAAGGAUGAGCCAUUUACAGAUGAUAUGUUUAGCAGUGAUGUGCCAGACUAUGAGGUUCCUAUUGCAGUGAUCCGUCCAGAUCCAUCGAGUAAGGUAGAUUCUUCAGUUGGGAAUGAUACAGUUGAAAAACAAGAUGGUCCAGAGAUUCCAGCAUCCAUGGGUGUAGGAAACAGAGGUGAUGAUGCUCUAGCUUUAACGAGUGAGAGGGAAACCAACUGCACACUUGCAACCAUCCCAGAGGAAUCUCCUCCCAAUGUAGAGAUUGCCUCCUCGCCCUUAGGAGAGGUAAAGAUUUCUCUGAGCUGCAACUCCACCCUUGGAAGACCAGAUUUCCAUAUGCCUAGUCGUACUGAGGUUAUGAAACUGAUGGAGGACAAAUGUUUACGCACAUAUAAAAUCAUUGACCCAAAAUUUUCUGUCAUGAAACUGUUGAACGAUAUGUGUGAGUGCGUCUUGGAACUGGGAACUUAUGGCCCUAAUGAAUCGCAGGAAGGCCCUGAUGUAUUGGAGAGAUCUUCUGCACAGGGCACUUUGGGAAUUGGAGAUGAUGAAGAAACUUUGUGCAUGCCAUCCUGUACUACAAAUGGAUCAGUCCAUGUUCAAUGCCCUUCUGCAGUGGAUGUGCCUCUUUCAAGACCUAUGUCAUUAAGUUCUAGCGAUUUAAUGUCCAUCCAUGAUGUUAAUGACAUAACAAAAGGAGAAGAAAGGGACAGAAUUUUGUGGGUCAAUGAAAUCAACGGGGAACAUCUACCACCCUUUAAGUACAUACCUCAAAACCUUGUUUUCCAAAAUGCUUCUGUCAACUUUGCCCUAUCUCGGAUUGGGGAUGAGGAUUGUUGUUCCAGUUGUUUGGGUGAUUGCCUUUUCUUAUCUACACCUUGUCAUUGUGCAAAUGAAACCGGAGGCCAGUUUGCAUACGCAAAAGAAGGUCUUCUUAGGGAAGAAUUCUUGGAAGAGUGUAUCUCUAUCACUCGCGACUCACAAAGACACCAGAACUUGUAUUGUAGAGAAUGCCCGCUUGAAAGAGUGAGGAAUGAUGUCUGUUUAGAACCAUGCAAAGGCCACUUAAGGAGGAAGUUUAUCAAAGAAUGCUGGAGCAAGUGUGGCUGCAGUAAAAACUGUGGCAAUAGAGUGGUGCAGCGAGGCAUAACUUGCAAGUUGCAGGUGUUUUGCACUUCUGAAGGAAAAGGAUGGGGUCUCCGAACCCUAGAGGACCUGCCAAAAGGUGCAUUUGUGUGUGAGUAUGCUGGAGAAAUUUUAACCAACACUGAGUUGUAUGAUAGAAACUUGGAAAACAGCAAAAGUGGCAAACCUACGUACUCAAUUCUACUGGAUGCAGACUGGGGUUCAGGAGAUCUAAAGAAUGAAGAAGCUCUCUGUUUGGAUGCAACAUUUUUUGGCAAUGUUGCUAGGUUUAUUAACCAUAGGUGUUUGGACGCAAACUUGGUUGAGAUCCCAGUUAAAGUGGAGAGCCCCGAUCGUAUCUACUACCAUCUUGCCUUCUUCACAACAAGAGUAGUAACUGCCUUGGAGGAACUCACUUGGGAUUAUGGCAUCAACUUUGACGACCAUGAUCAGCCUGUGAAGGGAUUCUGCUGUCGAUGUGGUAGUAAGUUCUGCAGAAACAUGAAGCGCUCAACUAGUACGCACCCUUUCUCAUUAUUCUACAUGUUGCAAAUCCUUCUUUAUUGCAACAUGAGAAUAUUGACCUUUAUUUUUUCUAGUUAAUGAUCUUGCACGCUUGUAGCUUGGUUUCUUUGCUUGUGAUGAUUCUGAGCUAAUAAAUAAUACACUGUUAGUUUCUGCUGCAUUGCCUUUUUUAUUAAUCUAAAAGUUUGAAAGGACUUAACGCUGAAGUCUUGGAUGCGUAGCCUUAAAAUGGACCUAGACAGAACAUUUUUAAGUAGUUUUGGUGAUUCACUAAAUAACAUUUGAGUUGGCCAGAAUCUUGGUUUUGGGGGGGUGGCUUUUCCCGCUUGUUACGAAAUCUUCAUGGGAAGCCACUUUUUCUUGUAAGUAGGUUAGACAUUUGGAACAUGAACUUGAUGAUCUUUUUGGUUCAAUGCAUUUGUUUUUCUCAAUAUUUACUUCAAUUCUUGAUUGUCCUCCUCAUCACCGUUGCUGCUACUAUCCCAAAUAAUG